AAUCUCCCCUCCCACAACCGCUCCAUCACAUAAACCUGGGGGGGGCAUGAGGGAGGGUCCCUUCCGAUCCUCCCUCCUGACGCCCCCCCCAGCAGGCCCCCUCCCCCACCACUGAAAGCCAUGAAUUUUGAAUUUGAGAGGGAGAUUGGGUUUAUAAACAGCCAGCCAUCGCUCGCCGAGUGUUUGACUUCCUUCCCCGCUGUCUUGGAGACAUUUCAAACUUCAUCAAUCAAGGAGUCGACAUUAAUUCCUCCUCCUCCUUUCGAGCAAACCUUCCCCAGCCUUCUGCCUAGCGCCUCCACCCUUCAGAGACCGGGGAGCCAAAAGCGAGCCGAGGAUGGGCCCGCUCUGCAGCCACCACCGCCGCUCCCCGCCGCCCCCCCGGCUCCGGAGUUCCCCUGGAUGAAAGAGAAGAAAUCCGCCAAGAAACCCAGCCAAUGCGCCUCGUCUCCUUCCCCAGCCGCCUCCUCGGUCCCGGCCUCCGGGGUCGGAUCGCCCGCAGAUGGUCCGGGACUGCCGGAGGCCGGCGGCGGCGGGGCGCGCAGGCUGCGCACGGCUUACACCAACACGCAGCUGCUGGAGUUGGAGAAGGAAUUCCACUUUAACAAGUACCUGUGCCGGCCGCGCCGCGUCGAGAUCGCCGCUUUGCUGGACCUCACCGAGAGGCAGGUCAAAGUCUGGUUCCAGAACCGGCGCAUGAAGCACAAGAGACAGACACAGCAUCGAGAGCCCUCCGACCGGGAGCCAGCCUGCCCCGGCGCCCUAGAGAACACUGACGACCCCGCCGAGGAGCCCGCGUCCGGACCGGGCGGUCCCUCCGACCCGCGGGCGACGCGGGAAGCCUGCUUUCACCCGCCCGAGGUCUCACCGGGGCCCGCAGGCGCCCGGGGCCCCCGGCCUUUUGCUGCUAGCGUGGAGGGCGCGGGGGCGCAGAGUCCCGGCUGUGCGCUGCGCCGGGCAGCUGGGCUGGAGCCGGAGCUGUUGCCAAAAGACGCCUUCCCCGAGCGGCAGGAUUCGCCUUUCCUGCCCGACCUCAGCUUCUUCCCGGCCGACUCUUGUCUCCAGCUCUCGCCCACCUUGCAGGGCUCCCUUGAUAGCCCGAUUCCCUUUUCCGAGGAGGAGCUGGACUUCUUCACCAGCACGCUCUGUGCCAUCGACCUGCAGUUCCCCUAACCCGUUUCCCCGGCCUUUUCGACCCUAGGCCCCCUUGGCCGUCUACAGGGAAAAUCGAGGCUACCCUUCCCCCGAGUCCCAUAGACUUCUUUAUGUGUUUUGCUAAAAUUCAGGUAUUAUUAAAUUAGCGUUUAACCCACUCCCUUUUUUCUCUAAAAUAUUGGGCACUUGGGCUUCUUUUAAAACCCACGCAGAAAAAUUCUGUUUGGUAGACUCCUUCCAACGAAAUCUCAGGAAUAAUUAAACUCCGGGGGGCUUUCUUAAAAAGAACUAGAGGGACCUAUUUUCCUUUUUUUUUUUUUAAGUUUUAGACAGUAGAUUAUUUAUUAAAAUUGUUUAAUAAUAGGAAAAGGGGAAAGUAUUUAUUGUACAUUAUUUUCAUAGAUUAAAUAAAUGUCUUUAUAAUAC